AUGGAGCGAAAGAAGCCGGGGAAUCUUUCUUGCUGUUGGAGCUUUCUUCUCUCAUACUUCUGUUGCUGUAGUCUCACUGACUGUUACAAUUUGGACGUAGACCACCCCAUUAGUUUCAGUGGACCAAAUGGAUCUUUAUUUGGAUAUUCUGUAUUGUUACACAAGAACAAGAAAAACACAUGGUAAGUGAUUCAAACAUGGUUGUAGGCUUUAAAAAAAAACACUUUAUUCAUAGAACACUAUAACUGAAUAGGCUACACACAUUUAGGCUAUUAGUUGUUGAUGAAUUAACAAAGUGGGUAUUCAUCCCCAAAAUGUGUGAAAACUGUUAAUUAGGGAUUCUAUAAACAGAAGUACCUUUUGACACAAGAAACCACCAGAAACUGCACAUUAAGAGUAUCCAUGUUGCCUUUUGAGUUUUUCAGUGUGAAGGAUUUUUGUUGUUGUUGAUAUCCCACAGCUGUGGUAUUGAUGUUUAUAAAACUGUAAGGUUAGUGAUAAUAAUUUCCAUAUUGUCUGUUAUAGGUUAUUAGUCGGAGCUCCAGUUGCGAAUUCACCUUCCUACCCAGCCGUUAAAGAACCAGGAGCAAUUUAUAAGUGCAGCAUCUCGGACAAGAGAGAAUGUCAGCAAAUAUCAACAGGUUUGUAAUAUUGAUGUAUUGAAUAUAAACUCGACUUUACAAAGAAAACAAUUUGUGGGGCUUCCAAGUUAUUUGACCAACGUGGUUUUGGGGAUUUGUGAACUGACAUUGACACAUUUCCAUUGGAUUAUAAGAAAGCACGUUUGUCAAAUAACCAGAACCACUUCAUUUUUAACAUGGAGGCCCCAAAGAUUGUUUUCAAAGGGUUUAUAUAGCAUUAUUAAAGGUCAUUGCCACCUCUCAAUUCUCUCUCUCUCUCUCUCUCUCUCUCUCUCUCUCUCUCUCUCUCUCUCUCUCUCUCUCUCUCUCUCUCUCAAUUAAAUUUCAAUUUAAGGGGCUUUAUUGGCAUGGGAAACAUAUGUUUACAUUGCCAAAGCAAGUGAAAUAGAUAAUAAACAAAAGUGAAAUAAACAAUAAAAAAUGAACAGUAAACAUUACACUCACAAAAGAAUAAAGACAUUUCAAGUGUCAUAUUAUGUCUAUAUACAAUGUUGUAAUGAUGUGCAACUAGAUAAAGUACAAAAGGGAAAAUAAAUAAACAUAAAUAUAGAUUGUAUUUACAAUGGUGUUUGUUCUUCACUGGUUGCCCUUUUCUUGUGGCAACAGGUCACAAAUCUUGCUGCUGUGAUGGCACACUGUGGUAUUUCACCCAAUAGAUAUGGGAGUUUAUCAAAAUCUCUCUCUCUCUCUCUCUCUCUCUCUCUCUCUCUCUCUCUCUCCCUCUCUCUCUCUCAUCUCUCCUCCUCUCUCUAUCGUCUCUUCUCUCGCUCUCUCUCUCGAUCUCUCUCUCUCUCUCUCUCUCUCUCUCUCACUCUCUCUAUCUCACUCUCUCUAUCUCUCUCUCUCCCCGUUUGGUGUGUGUGCUUGCGUGUGUGUGUCUGUACUACAGGUGUGGAUAGUUGUGGGAAGACUUGCUUCUCUGAGAGUGACAACCAGUGGCUCGGAGUCAGCCUGUCCAGACAGCCUGGUGAUGGCCAUGUAUUGGUAUGUUAAGUCAUAAAUGUAUUUAUAAAGCCCUUUUUACAUCAGCAGGUGUCAUAAAGGGCUUUACAGUGAUGAUCAUGUAUUGGAAUGUAGAUUAGGCCCAGUAGAGGUAAACAAAUGUUACAAUCCAUUCUCAGAUGGUCAAGUAUUGGUGUAAAUUCCAGUGAUAUACAGUCUUUGUGCCCAUUCAAAGACCCAAAUCAAAUAAUGAGAUGGGUUACAUCUUGUAUUGGUGAACUUUGUUUAAGGCCAGGCACCACACCCUCAUAGGGUAUUUAUUUUCCCUUAAUCAUAUCACAAUCCACUUUUACCAGUUGAAUGUAGGAUAACCACACACAAUUUGGUGAAUGCAGAUGCUUCUGAAGCUGAGAAAAAUUAGUUGGAGUGUGGGAAGAGUCUAACUUUCGGGAAAUGGCAGUUGAAGACUGAAUUUAGACUAACGCCAAACGCCUAUUUAGACCCUAUCACCAUAAACAAAUCAAAAUAUAUAUAUAUAUUUGAGAUUCUUCAAAUAGCCACCCUUUGCCUUGAUGACAGCUUUGCACACUCUUUGCAUUCUCUCAACCAGCUUCAUGAGGUAGUCACCUGGAAUGCAUUUCAAUUAACAAGUGUGCCUUCUUAAAAGUUAAUUUGUGGAAUUUAUUUCCUUCUUAAUGCGUUUGAGCCAAACAGUUGUGUUGUGACAAGGUAGGGGAGGGUAUACAGAAGAUGGCCCUAUUUGGUAAAAGACCAAGUCCAUAUUAUGGCAAGAACAGCUCAAAUAAGCAAAGAUAAACAACAGUCCAUCAUUACUUUAAGACAUGAAGGUCAGUCAAUACGGAACAUUUCAAGAACUUUGAAAGUUUCUUCAAGUGCAGUCGCAAAAACCAUCAAGCGCUAUGAUGAAACUGGCUCUCAUGAGGACCGCCACAGGAAUGGAAGACCCAGAGUUACCUCUGCUGCAGAGGAUAAGUUCAUUAGAGUUACCAGCCUCAGAAAUUGCAGCCCAAAUAAAUGCUUCACAGAGUUCAAGUCACAGACACAUCUCAACAUCAACUGUUCAGAGGGGACUUUGUGAAUCAGGCCUUCAUGGUCGAAUUGCUGCAAAGAAACCACUACUAAAGGGCACCAGUAAGAAUAAGAGACCUGCUUGGGCCAAGAAACACGAGCAAUGGACAUUAGACCGGUGGAAAUGUGUCCUUUGGUCUGGAGUCCAAAUUGGAGAUUUUUGGUUCCAACCGCCGUGUCUUUGUGAGAAGCAGUGUGGGUGAACGGAUGAUCUCCGCUUGUGUAUGGUGUGGGGGUGCUUUGUUGGUGACACCGUCUGUGAUUUAUUUAGAAUUCAAUGCACACUUAACCAGCAUGGCUACCACAGCAUUCUGCAGAGAUACGCCAUCCCGUCUGGUUUGGGCUUAGUGGGACUAUCAUUUGUUUUUCAACAGGACAAUGACCCAACACACCUCCAGGCUGUGUAAGGGCUAUUUUACCAAGAAGGAGAGUGAUGGAGUGCUGCAUCAGAUUAUCUGGCCUCCACAAUCCCCCGACCUCAACCCAAUUGAGAUGGUUUGGGAUGAGUCGGACCACAGAGUGAAGGAAAAGUAGCCAGCAAGUGCUCAGCAUAUGUGGGAACUCCUUCAAGACUGUUGGAAAAGCAUUCCAGGUGAAGCUGGUUGAGAGAAUGCCAAGAGUGUGCAAAGCUGUCAUCAAGGCAAAGCGUGGCUAUUUGAUUUGUUUAACACUUGUUUUGGUUACUACAUGAUUCCAUAUGUGUUAUUUCAUAGUUUUGAUGUCUUCGCUAUUAUUCUACAAUGUAGAAAAUAGUAAAAAUAAAGAAAAACCCUUGAAUGAGUAGGUGUGUCCAAACUUUUGACUGGUACUGUAUGUCCAUUUUAAAGUGGUUAAAAUUAAUUAAAAUGUAUGACGGCAGUAUGAUAGAGAAAAUAAAAUAUACAUUUUCAUGACGUUUAAAAUUGUUUAUUUUUACUUUCUGAAAAUACUCAUAUUAAUUAAUAUGGGGGCGGCGCACAAUUGGCCCAGCGUCGUCCAAGGUAGGGGAGGGUUUGGCCGGCAGGGAUGGCGUUUGCAAUGCCAGGGUUGUGGGUUCAAUUCCCAUGGGGGGCCAGUAUGAAAAAAAUAAUGUAUGCACUCACUAACUGUAAGUCGCUCUGGAUAAGAGCGUCUGCUAAAUGACUAAAAUGUGAUGUAUGUAAUGUAAUUGACCAAAGUACCAACAAAUCUCAGAAUUGAUAGGUAGAUGCAAAAAUGUCAUUUCAGCCUGUAGUGCCUGGUCUUAAACAAGAAACAAGACUAGCAUCCUUUGCAACCCUACCAGACAUAUCAAAUGAUCCCCUAUUACAUUGAUGUUUCUAGUUAGAAGACCCACAUCAUUUACAUGUUUUGUGUUUAGCCUAUAGUCUGUUGUCGUUUAACCUUAUUUUGGAAACUAGCUGCUGGACAGUGCUCGCACUAUUUCACAUAUUUUGUGUGUAGCCUAUUCCAUUGUUGUUACAUUCCUCCUCUCAAACAGUUGCAUUUCCUCCAACAACAUCUGUGCUGCUUCUCGUUCCACAGGCAUGUGGGCAUCGUUGGAAGAACGUGUUCUAUUCCAGGAACGACAACCAGAACAAGCUGCCUCAUGGUGUCUGUUACAGAUACGAGGCUGACCUCAAACAGGCUCAACCACUCAUCCCAUGCUACAAAGGUACACUGGUUUGCAUUUACAUGAUAUCUGUUUCUUAUUCAUUAAUGCAUAUCGUAGCAAAAUGUUUUGCAACAGAAAAAUGAAAAUGUGGGUUAUAAAUCACAUAAAUCAGUCAAUAACCGAGGCCAACAGUUCUCGCCAUGUCUAACACCUGUAAGCAACCUGCACUGAGCCUGAGAGCUUGUUGACAGUAAGCUUGCUUUAUUUGCCUAAAUGAAAAUGCAUCUGCCCCUCUUUCUGCAGAUCACCAACGGAAGUUUGGUGAGGACUACGGAUCAUGCCAAGCAGGAAUAUCCAACUUUCUGACUGAGGUAUCAGUUCCUCUACAUAUUCUGUUUAAACCUGAAGUUUAUGUAUAUGCUGGUAAUGCACUUGUACACAUACACAAACACGUGUACAUGUACACAUACACAUACACAAGUCACAAACUUUAAAUGCACAUAACCCAUCAAACUGGGAACAUUCCCAGAACAUUAGUUAAGAUUCCCUUUAAGUUCUAGUUCGUUUUUUUUCUUCUAAGAUUAGGAUGAUAACAUCCCCAAAACAUUCAAAUAAUGUUUUUGAUAACAAAAUGUUUUUUUUUCUUCAGAAAAUGUUUUAAAUUAAAUAUCCUUGGAAUGUUUUCCUAACAUUCACUAAAAUGUUGUGCACAACAUCUGUAACAACCACCACAGGACAUUCCCGAAACGUUCUCAUUAGGUUUCCAGGUAAUGUUUUAACACAAUGUACCAGUAAUAUUUUAAGAACAUACUGCUGCAACAAAAUAUGAGAGCAACGGUCUGGGAACAUUCUUUUAACAUCAGGCAAAUGUUUUAUACAAACAUUGUAUAAUGAUCAGCACAACUGGAUAGUUUUUGUGAGAAUGAACAUUUGCCACAACCUAAAAAAUGUUAUGGGAACUUUCACAGAACCAAUUUUGGUUUGCUGGGAAAUCACAAACAUAAAACACAAACUGAUCAAUACUCUGAUGUAUGUGUUGUGUUGUUUUUCUUCAGGACUUGAUAAUAAUGGGAGCCCCAGGGACAUCGUACUGGACUGGGUCUGUCCUGGUCUACAACACCUCCAGCAGGGUCCUGUCUGCGUAUGUGGAUGACAACAGCACUGUCCUCUAUGGCAGUUACCUGGGUCUGUUAAUAAUAAUAUGGUUGGAGACGAUCAGAAGACUUGUCUGGUUGUCACACGUGUCAUAAAGACACUCAUUUGUUUUUGAGUUGGUGAAGUGUAACGUAAGGGAAUACAGAGAGGAAGCAUGCUUUUGUGUGUGUCUGUGGGGGAGGGGGGAGGUUGCUCAAUAUUUGCUCAAUUGUAGUUACUGCAAAUCAUCAUGCCAGUUACGUCUGGCUUGUUGCUCUUAUCUCUUGUAUCAACCAGUGCCAUCUGGUUCUACGUGUGUAGUUGGGUAUACUAAAGUUGUGCUAAGGUUGUACUAAGGUUUACAAAUGUUGUAUUAAGGUUUUACUAACGUUGUUUUGACAUUGUAUUAACGUUGUGAUACGUUUCCAUUGCCAGGCUACUCUGGUAGUCUGAUUCUUUGGUUAUAUUAAAGUUGUACUAAUGCUGUACUGGCGUUGUACUAACGUUAUGAUCCUUCUUUUCCUCACCAGGCUACUCGGUUGGGGCCGGCCACUUCCUCCACCCUGACUCCACAGAGAUCGUUGGCGGUGCGCCCCAGCACGGGCAGACUGGUAAAGUAAGAGUUAAUUUAAUUCCUGCUUUUCCUUUUUCCCCCAUCCUAUCCCCAUCACCCCACCACCCGUCUGUAGAAAGAAAGCACAGAACCAACACUUAUAUGUGGUUCGCUUCUUAUGACCGGACAAGCUAAAGGCGGUAAGUAGAAUACAGUAUGUGUUUGAAUCACCAAUCAGGGUGAUGCUAAAUAUAUGAUGCAUUGGGCAUUCCUCAUGCUACUGGUGAAAUGUAUGAAAGAUGUGCUACUGAAAAAGACAUAUGGGUUUUGCGCUGGUCUGGACUGGUACAGAUGUACGAUCUUAAUUUGAUCACCCUGUUGCAGGAGAACUUUCCUGCAAUGCAGGACAUUUUAAACUUGUCGGAAGGCUUUUAUUCAGAGGUGCUUUAAGGAUCUUAUCGUCAAUACAUUCAAUUUACAUUUAAGUAAUUUAGCAGCCACAGACUGUGUCCCAAAUGGCAUUCUUUUCCCUAUUAAGUUCACUACUUUUGACAAGGGCCCAUGAGGUCAAGUAAAUUAAUGUAUCUGCAGAAAGUGGCCAAUAAUUUUGUCUUGUGGCAAUUCUGUGCACAUUUUAUGGAGGAAUCGUUUAUUUUAUUUUUUUGAAGACUGUAAAAGUUGCCAGUUCUUACCAAAUACAUGUCCCACAGGGAUGUUAAGAUGGCAGAUGGGAGAUAUUUUAUCAGUAGAAAGCAGAUUAUGUCUGUGUGGGUAUUGUGAUACAAUCUAAGUAGUGAAUGCAUUUUACCAUUCAUCCUUAGUUGGCUUUAAGUCCUGAUGUGACCAGGUCUUUUCUGUCCUCUGAUCCAGGCCUACCUAUUCAGAGCUGAAGAAAACAUGCUGAAGAUAAUCAGUGAAGUCAAGGGCAGCAAGGUGGGAAUUAGUAGCCAGAUAUCUUUACAGCCAGUUUCCCUGACACAGAUUAAGCCUAGUCUUGGACUAAGAAUCUCCAUUGAACAUGCUCUUUAGUCUAGGACUGGGUAUAAUCUGUGUCUGGGAAACCGGCCAUUAAUGUCUUGAUUUUGAUGCAGAACUAGAUCAUACCUCCUUACUGCAAAAUCACUUUGUGACAACUGCUGAUGUUAAAAGGGCUUCAUAAAUACAUUUGAUUGAUUUGAUUGACUGUAUUGACUUAAAACCUGUUUUCCUAUACUGUAGCUGGGCUCGUAUUUUGGUGCCAGUGUGUGUGCCGUGGACCUGAAUGGAGAUGGCCUGUCUGAUCUACUGGUAGGAUCUCCCAUGUACAGCACCGUGAGAGAGGAAGGACAAGUCCAUGUCUACAUCAACCAAGGAGCCGUAAGUACUGGGAUCUUUCCCAAUUAAUUUUUCCUUCAAUUCAAUACAACUUUAUACACUGCUCAAAAAAAUAAAGAGAACACUUAAACAACACAAUGUAACUCCAAGUCAAUCACACUUCUGUGAAAUCAAACUGUCCACUUAGGAAGCAACACUGAUUGACAAUACAUUUCACAUGCUGUUGUGCAAAUGGAAUAGACAACAGGUGGAAAUUAUAGGCAAUUAGCAAGACACCCCCAAUAAAGAAGUGGUUCUGCAGGUGGUGACCACAGACCACUUCUCAGUUCCUAUGCUUCCUGGCUGAUGUUUUGGUCACUUUUGAAUGCUGGCGGUGCUUUCACUCUAGUGGUAGCAUGAGACAGAGUCUACAACCCACACAAGUGGCUCAGGUAGUGCAGCUCAUCCAGGAUGGCACAUCAAUGCGAGCUGUGGCAAGAAGGUUUGCUGUGUCUGUCAACGUAGUGUCCAGAGCAUGGAGGCGCUACCAGGAGACAGGCCAGUACAUCAGGAGAUGUGGAGGAGGCCGUAGGAGGGCAACAACCCAGCAGCAGGACCGCUACCUCCGCCUUUGUGCAAGGAGGAGCAGGAGGAGCACUGCCAGAGCCCUGCAAAAUGACCUCCAGCAGGCCACAAAUGUGCAUGUGUCUGCUCAAACGGUCAGAAACAGACUCCAUGAGGGUGGUAUGAGGGCCCGACGUCCACAGGUGGGGGUUGUGCUUACAGCCCAACACCGUGCAGGACGUUUGGCAUUUGCCAGAGAACACCGAGAUUGGCAAAUUCGCCACUGGCGCCCUGUGCUCUUCACACUGAGCACGUGACAGACGUGACAGAGUCUGGAGAUGCCGUGGAGAACGUUCUGCUGCCUGCAACAUCCUCCAGCAUGACCGGUUUGGCGGUGGGUCAGUCAUGGUGUGGGGUGGCAUUUCUUUGGGGGGCCGCACAGCCCUCCAUGUGCUCGCCAGAGGUAGCCUGACUGCCAUUAGGUACCGAGAUGAGAUCCUCAGACCCCUUGUGAGACCAUAUGCUGGUGCGGUUGGCCCUGGGUUCCUCCUAAUGCAAGACAAUGCUAGACCUCAUGUGGCUGGAGUGUGUCAGCAGUUCCUGCAAGAGGAAGGCAUUGAUGCUAUGGACUGGCCCGCCCGUUCCCCAGACCUGAAUCCAAUUGAGCACAUCUGGGACAUCAUGUCUCGCUCCAUCCACCAACGCCACGUUGCACCACAGACUGUCCAGGAGUUGGCGGAUGCUUUAGUCCAGGUCUGGGAGGAGAUCCCUCAGGAGACCAUCCGCCACCUCAUCAGGAGCAUGCCCAGGCGUUGUAGGGAGGUCAUACAGGCACGUGGAUGCCACACACACUACUGAGCCUCAUUUUGACUUGUUUUAAGGACAUUACAUCAAAGUUGGAUCAGCCUGUAGUGUGGUUUUCCACUUUAAUUUUGAGGGUGACUCCAAAUCCAGACCUCCAUGGGUUGAUACAUUUGAUUUCCAUUGAUCAUUUUUGUGUGAUUUUGUUGUCAGCACAUUCAACUAUGUAAAGAAAAAAGUAUUUAAUAAGAUUAUUUCAUUCAUUCAGAUCUAGUAUACAGUAUACAACAGACAACCUUGAUUUCCCUGAUUCCUCUUCUUGCCUUCUCAAAACUCAUUGGAGGAGAAGGUCAGGGGGGAGGGACCUUGGAUCCUCUCCUCCAAUGUGGCUUGAGAAGGAGGUGAGGAGAGAGGAUGCAAAGAAUCGAGGAAAAACUAAUUGAGAGAGAUACAACCUUUCUUUCACCCCUAUCAUAAAAAAGUUAUUGUGCAGUUAUUGUGUUUCUAGCUGUGUGAGUUUUGCAAAUAGCCUUGAAUCUAAAGUAAUUUGAUGGUCCAUUACCUAUUGAAAUGUUUACUAUAAACUUUGCGAGGCUGUUAUAUGGAACACUGUCCCUGAAGAUACAGUACUUGUUAAAACAGAACAACAACAAAAGAGACUUCCUCACCUCACCUCACAUCUCACACACAUACUGUUAUCAUCACAACUUCAUUCUGUAAUUCUUAAAUAUGAUAGUAGUUAAGCAUUUCAUACAAUACUGGUGUUGUGCACUGUUAUAACAAAACCUUUUCAAAACCAAAGAUGGUAUCACUUAACAUUAAGUUGCUCUUAUACCUGUGUAGUAACAUCUACACUAACUAUUCAGCUUUCAGAACAAUCAGAUAAUUCUAUAGAAAUGAAUAUGCUCAAGUAAAGAGAUUUUUAUUUUAUUGUCAUUUCCUAUAAAAAGAAGAGGCUGGAGUUACUAUAUUACUGAACUGUCUUAUACACUGGCAGAUGAUAUAAAACAACCCAGCAUGAUGAUAACAGGACCUAAGGACUGUUUCUAUGACUGAUGAGUUUGUAUUAUGGAACGCUAAACCAGCGGAUAUCUGCUACUUUUAUAGCGUACUACUAAGGACCAGGCAACUGUGCAUGACAUGACUAACUUUACGUAAUUACCAACCUAAUGACUAAAUAACUGCAAUUACAUGGAGCUUAGCUAGCUACUUCCCCCACAUAUCUCCAUCAGCAAACAACAGUUUUUUCUCCCUGAAUCCACUUUACAAGCCAUUACCCUGGGAAGAGGAGAGAAGGAAUCUUAAGACUGUAAAUGAAUGUGUUUUUAAGGCUAAUAUGAAGGAAGCAGAGUUUCAGUUGGUGGGAAGCAACUCGUAUGCUGCCAGAUUUGGGGAGACCAUAACUGAUCUGGGAGAUAUUGAUGAUGAUGGCUUUCCUGGUGAGUGUUAUGCAUAUGUUUUGCAAAGAUGUAAAGCAAUUCUUACUUUAUAUUUAAAGUUAUAAUGAUGUGUCACAGUACAGCAAAACUAUGAUGACAAAAUCAGCUACCCUAGCUAAGAUGCCAAUGUUCUGCAUAGUUGUUUGUAAAAAAUAAAUACAAAUAAAGUGAAAUUGAACUUGGUGAUAUUCCAAGUAGGUGCUGUUCCAAUUGUUGCACAAUAAAAUCUCCCCAUAUUUCAGUUGAAUGGAAUGUAGCCUGAUCCACCAUCCGGACCGCUGCGCUCUCAUUUCGUUUCAAUGUAAGCUCGCAAGAUCAGGAUGGUUGAUCAAGGCUAUGAGCAAUGGGCAGCUCUAAAAGUAACAGAAAGCGAGCUAUGCCAGUCAGAAAGAACUAGACUGAAGUCUGUGGUGAUAUUGGGUAACUGGGUACGAAGACACACACCAUAAACCAGCCCCAGUCAACACAGAGGCAAUACCACCAACCAACCAACCAACCAACCACAUCCCCUACAGCUGAUCACAGGGCCCCAGCACACUUCUAACUGCCACUUACACCAGCCUAACUGCCAGUUCCUCAACAUCAGCACAAGCACACACACACACACACACACACCAGGGUUGGGGUCAAUUCCAUUUAAAUUCCAGUCAAUUCAGGAAGUACACUGAAAUUCCAAUUCUCUUCAAUGCUUUUCAGUUAGGAAAAUCUGGAAUUGGAAUUUGGUUUACUUUCUGAAUUGACUGGAAUUGAAAUUGAAUAGACCCCAACCCUGACACACACACACACACGCACCCACACACACACACACACACACACACACACACACACACACACACACACACACACACACACACACACACACACACACACACACACACUGUCCCAGCUCCCAGUGUAGACUAGACUUAGGUUACGUGCAGUCUGAGAGCAGUCGGUGGAUAUGAGGGUGUGCCUGCAUGGUUGAUUGUGAGAACGUUGUUAUUUAGGUCAUUAUGUCCAUGUAAACCUGUAACUUAACCUAUAUGUGUCUCCAAAAUAGCACCCUAAUUCCUAUAUAGUGCACUAAUUAACUACAUUACCCUAUGGGCACUGGUCAAAAGUAGUGCACUAUAUAGGGAAUAUGGUGCCAUUUGGGACGUAUCCUAAAUUAACCCCUGACUGACUGUAAAUGUGUUCCAGAUGUGGCAGUGGGGGCUCCGCAGGAGGAAGAGCUGCGUGGGGCUAUAUAUAUCUACAAUGGGAGGAAGACAGGGAUCUCUCAGACCUUCUCUCAAGUAUGUACACAGCUACAGCUACAUCCCUUCCAGCUGCUGUUUGUCUGCAGACUUCAGGGACAGGAGAUUACUGGACGGAAAGAAGGAGGGAUGGAGGGAGGGAAAAAGGGAGGGAGGGAGUGAAGGGAAGAGGGGUUAGGGUGUCCCUCCUCUGACCAAUGAUCAGGGACAAUAGAUUGGAGGGAGGGGGAGGGAGUGAGAUAGGACGUGAGGAUCAAAUGUGCCUUUGUUUCUCUGUUUGCUCUCAGACAGUCGGAAGAGAGUUCCUCACUCUGAAUUGCUAUGAUUUCCUUAAACUGUUUGGCCUCCUAUUUUUCUCUGUCUGAGCAUGUGCGACGGUUUAAAUUAAGCAGUUACAUUUAAAUUACCUUCUAGUUAUGCAAUACCAUGGAGAUAAAUCAAUGUAUAUAUGUAAAUAAAUGUAUCUCAAUGUGGAAUACAACCUUUUGGAGAAAAUGUAGUUACUGUAUAUCCAAAUAUAGAUACAUUACAUUUCUUGCAUAUCAAAGCUCCGUAUUAGAGAAAAACCUGAAAUGUGUACUGUACAGCUUACAUAGACAGCUCUCUUGGUUUGGGAAAGAAAAUGAAGUGUAUGAAAUGUGUACAGUACAGAGGGUUGUUAGCUGUAAGAAUAAUCAGGCUGUUCUUGUUCCAUCAUCAGAGGAUCACCAGCUCUGUUCUGGGUAAUGAGUUAAAGAUGUUCGGCCAGUCUGUGUCCGGAGGCAUCGAUGUUGAUGGAAACGGUUACCAAGGUAACGAUCCCUUUCUUGACUGUCACCGUUGUGUACAGUGCUUCCCUCCAGUACAAUGUUUGAGUCUGUCUCUGUUUCUCUACGGCUGACUAGAACAGAACACACUGUAAUGUCCCGUUAUUAUGUCACACAUGCUGUGCCUUAAGUUAGUAAGGUCGUCAAAACAUGGCGGUGGUGGGAAGAGAACUGAGGACAGGGGAUGGGUAAAUAUAUAUGUGUGUGUGUGUGUGUGUGUGUGUGUGUGUGUGUGUGUGUGUGUGUGUGUGUGUGUGUGUGUGUGUGUGUGUGUGUGUGUGUGUGUGUGUGUGUGUGUGUGUGUGUGUGUGUGUGUGUGUGUGUGUGUGUGUGUGUUGGCUGCUACCCAGGGAAAACCAACUUGGGCAGUGAUAAUAUCCUGGGGUUUAAAUUAGUGAUGGUUGUCUGCUUACUCUCUGCUUCUCAUCUUCUUAUCUUCCUCUAGUGAUACACUGUAAACUAAACAGCAUAUCAUGUAGACUGACAGAGAGAGAGAGAGAGAGAGAGAGAGAGAGUCAGUCAUCUCUUAGCUAGUCAUCUCUUAGAACUGGUACAUUGUAAAGUAUUAACCCCUGUGCUGUCUGUGAAUAAAACAUUUCAUUUGUUUUUUUCAUGUGUUAUUUGUUUUAAUUGUUGUUUUUAUAGAUUGAUUUGUAACGCAAGUGUUAAAUACUUAUCUAAAAACAAAACGCAUCAGUUUAUUACUGUUGAUAUCUGGUUAUCUUGUUAGAAGUCUGUCUAAGAUGCUGAGUGGAGAUUAUUGGAUUUUUAUUAGGGAGGAAAUUACUGAUGAUUGUGACUUUGCUCUGGGAUCUGAAGUGAAUCUUUUGGCCAAAUUCAUAGCAAAUGGUCCAAAUAAGAUCAGUUAACUACGUCCACACUGUAAAAUAAAUAUUGUUGUUUAUAUGGUAACUUACUGGCAGCCAGUUACCUGUAAGUUACUGUAGAAAAAAAGUAGAGUAUGUUACCAUAAAUUCCAAAGAAACUUUGGUUUAACAGUACAUUACUGUAAAGUUUACAGGAUUUUUUUUUACAGUGCAGUAAACUGUAAAAAUGUGAAAAGGUGAAUACAUUUUGUCUGCAGGCUGAUGUUGAUUGAAUGAACAAAUGAAUGACCGAUUGACUGACUGACUGAAUGAACGAAUGAACAAAUUAAUGAAUUAAUGAAUUAAUGAAUGAAUGAAAAACAUUCCACUGAUACCUUAUGAGCUGUUCUAAACUGAGUAACAAACUGGUUUAGAGCUUUAACAAGUACUAGAGCUUUAAGUCUAGAGAGCCUUGCAGCCAGAUAGGCCUAUAGCAGGAAAUUGCAUGUUCAAGAUAAUGACAACUAUCUAUCUGCAUCUCUCUAAACCACAGAUGUAGCAGUAGGGGCCUUCCUCUCAGACUCGGCUGUGGUUCUGAGGUAAGAACUGUGGUACAUAUCACAUCACAUCCACUAGAUAACUGAUCUCUGAAACUAGAAUUACUGCAUUAAUGUCAGAGAUGUCAGGUAGAGGUUAAACUUUCACUGAAUAUUGGUGAACAUUUUAUCUUACAUUUCAUUAAUUUACUUUCUGAAUAUGACCUCAGUGAAAGUGGCCUGGCCCGUUUAUUUGACCUGUAUACUGUAGUUGCCUGGCCUGUAUAUUUUGAGCAACCAUUUUUACCUUUUAUAAUACCUUUUGGUUUGUAGAUUUGUUUAUCUUCUGUCCCAUAGACUGUAGCUCCCAUAUUCUAAUGCAAAUGUACAAUUGUAUUUGCUUUGACACUGAGUGUUAAUGUGUUGUUUUAAUGUUGUUGUUGUUGUUGUUGACAUGUUGUUGUCUCCCUGUGCCAGGACUCGUCCAGUGGUAGUGGUAGAAGCCUUCAUGCCCCUGCCUGUCAGUGUGAACCGCUAUGUAGCGCUGUGUUCUGACAACGGUCUUCCUGCUGUCUGCAUCAAUGCUACAGUCUGCUUCAGGGUCCAUGCUCGACUCUUUACCUCUUCAAUAGGUGAGCAGACCCUCUCCCCGUGCUCCUGGCUCCCUCAUAGCCCUGCACUGUGAAAUCAACCUGUCUGUUUGCAUUAUGUUAAUCGUUACAUUAGUGAAGGUUAUGUGUGCAGUGGCACUUACAAACAAAAGCCAGUUUUGGUUCUAGUGUGUGUACUUAAUAGUGACCAAAAACUCAUUUUCCAAACUCAUUUUCCAAUGUGAGCAUUAUUAUACUACUAGUUUGUAUGUGGAAAAUGGUAUAAUGCACAAAGUCUAGUAUAUUGUGUCUCUCAGGAAAUAGUCAUGAAAGCCCCUGCCCUGGACUAGUUGACAGAAAACACUAUUGUGUCCGAGACAGACUUUUUCUGUUUCCUUAUCACUGUCAGUCCCUCCAUCUUAUCACUAGUCCCUGAGGCAUGGGUCAGUUGGUUUAGUAUGUUAACCCUGCCUUAACAACGGUUAUCUCUGCAGAGCAUUCCUCUGGUGAAAGUGUCCGUUAGAGCCUGUCCUGAUAGAUAGACUGAUGUUGUCCAUCAGGUACACGUUUUCUAACCACCUGUUGUCCUCAACAUUAUGUUUUUGGUGGGAUUUCAGUUAUUCAAAGUUAUCUGGUAUCACUGUGAAACAUCACUGUCCUUUGAUAGUAAACGAAAAUGACUAAUUUGAAGUGUCUUGCGAAAUAAAACACAAGUCAAUGUUAUCCUCAUUCAAAAUAUGUUUUCUCCAUCUACAGUACAGUACAUUUAUGAUUAGGAAUGGGUCUGAGGUUGAGGCUGGGGCUGGGGCUGAGAAAGAGGCUGGGUCUGGGGUUGAGGCUUGGUUGCGGGCUGAGGCAGCAGACUUUGUGAAAAUUAGUAUUUGUGUCAUUCUCAAAACUUUUGACCAUGACUGUACAGUACAUUUGUGAUUAGGAAUGGGUCUGGGGUUGAGUCUGGGGCUGAGAAAGAGGCUGGGUCUGGGGUUGAGGCUUGGUUGCGGGCUGGGGCUGGGGCUGGGGUUGACGCUGGGGUGGAGCCUGGGGUUGAGGCUGGAGUUGAGUCUGGAGUUGAGGCUGGGGCUGAGUCUGGGGUUGAGAAUGGGGUUGAGGCUGGGGUGAAGGCUGUGUCUGGGGCUGAGACUGGGGUUGAGUCUGGGUCUGGGGUUGAGUCUGGGUCUGUAUGUCUGGGUCUGGGGUUGAGGCUCGGUCUAGGUCUGUAUGUCUGGGCUUGGGGCUGGGGUUGAGACUGGGGUUGAGUCUGGGGUUGAGUCUGGGUCUGGGGUUGAGGCUGGGUCUAGGUCUAUAUGUCUGGGUCUGGGGUUGAUGUGUGUCUGCGGUUGAGGCUUGGAUUAGGUCUGUAUGUCUGGGGUGAGGCUGGGUCUAGGUCUGUAUGUCUGGGGUGAGGCUGGGUCUGGGGUUGAGGCUGGGUCUAUGUCUGUAUGUCUGGGGUUGAGGCUGGGUCUAUGUCUGUAUGUCUGGGGUGAGGCUGGGUCUGGGGUUGAGGCUGGGUCUAGGUCUAUAUGUCUGGGUCUGGGGUUGAUGUGUGUCUGCGGUUGAGGCUUGGAUUAGGUCUGUAUGUCUGGGGUGAGGCUGGGUCUAGGUCUGUAUGUCUGGGGUGAGGCUGGGUCUAGGUCUGUAUGUCUGGGGUAAGGCUGGGUCUGGGGUUGAGGCUGGGUCUAUGUCUGUAUGUCUGGGGUUGAGGCUGGGUCUAUGUCUGUAUGUCUGGGGUUGAGUCUGGGUCUAGGUGUGUAUGUCUAGGGUUGAGGCUGGGUCUAGGUCUGUAUGUCUGGGGUGAGGCUGGGUCUGGGGUUGAGGCUGGGUCUAGGUCUGUAUGUCUGGGGUUGAGGCUGGGUCUAGGUCUGUAUGUCUGGGGUUGAGGCUGGGUCUAGGUCUGUAUGUCUGGGGUGAGGCUGGGUCUGGGGUUGAGGCUGGGUCUAGGUCUGUAUGUCUGGGGUUGAGGCUGGGUCUAGGUCUGUAUGUCUGGGGUGAGACUGGGUCUGGGGUUGAGGCUGGGUCUAGGUCUGUAUGUCUGGGGUUGAGGCUGGGUCUGGGGUUGAGGCGGGGUCUAGGUCUGUAUGUCUGGGGUGAGGCUGGGUCUGGGGUUGAGCCUGGGUCUAGGUCUGUAUGUCUGGGGUUGAGGCUGGGUCUAGGUCUGUAUGUCUGGGGUUGAGGCUGGGUCUAGGUCUGUAUGUCUGGGGUGAGGCUGGGUCUGGGGUUGAGGCUGGGUCUAGGUCUGUAUGUCUGGGGUUGAGGCUGGGUCUAGGUCUGUAUGUCUGGGGUGAGACUGGGUCUGGGGUUGAGGCUGGGUCUAGGUCUGUAUGUCUGGGGUUGAGGCUGGGUCUGGGGUUGAGGCGGGGUCUAGGACUGUAUGUGUGGGGUGAGGCUGGGUCUGGGGUUGAGACUGGGUCUAGGUCUGUAUGUCUGGGGUUGAGGCUGGGUCUGGGGUUGAGGCUGGGUCUAGGUUUGUAUGUCUGGGGUGAGGCUGGGUCUGGGGUUGAGUCUGGGUCUAGGUCUGUAUGUCUGGGGUUGAGGCUGAGUCUGGGGUUGAGGCCGGGCCUACUGUAGGUUUGUAUGUCUUGGGCCCUGGUUCAUGUGAACACUGGAUGCUCUCUGAAACAAAAACCUCAUGCUCUCUCUCCCUCACCCUUCUUUCCACCCUCCCUCCCUCCCUCCCUCCCUCCCUCCCUCCCUCCCUCCCUCCCUCCCUCCCUCCCUCCCUCCCUCCAUCUCCUUCACUCACUCUCUCCCAUAGAGCUCCAGUAUAAUCUGACAGCAGACACGCACCACAAGGAGUCCUUCCCCUCGCGUUUCCAUUUCCACGGAAACGGGACGUCCAACGCUACAACAGGGCGGGUCAAGAUCAGACAUGACCAGCUGACCUGCGUCCCCCACCAGGCCUUCAUGAGGGUGAGUAAGAGGUCAGGGGUUAGGGGUCGGGAUGUGGGAGUCAGCAGCUGUAACCACUGAGAACUGUUGCCAGUUAUGCAAUGACUUCAGGUCAGUUUAGAACCCCAGCCCAGACAUUAUAAUCACUAAUUCAGAGUCAGUUAUUGUAAGACCCUAUGCAUGGCAUCAUUCUGCUUGACAUCAAAGCACUGACCUCAAGUCAGUUUAGACUGUGGAGUCAAUUAUUAAAAUAUCAUCAUGCUACUGAUAUAGAUCAAAUUACUGACUUCAGGUCAGGUCAGCAUGCUACUGAUAGAGUUCAAAGAACUGACUUCAGGUCAGGUCAGCAUGCUACUGAUAGAGAUCAAAGCACUAUGAGUCAGUAGAGUAGAGGGACAUUAGGCAUGGUUUGAUGGUCAUAGACCUGUUUUACCUUUCAGACGAUGACUGGUUUGUUAUCAGGAUGGACCAUCAGUUGGUUAGCAACUGCGUCAGCAACCAAUGACUCAUUCAGUCUAGGUCUGAUAAAAGGGUCUAAUAAGAUGGACAGUAGGUGACGUUGGGAAGUCCAGAACAACGUAUCACUUUACAUGGGAAGGAGCAUAGUGAACUGGAUAAUAAUAAAGGGGUACUGGGAGGAAAGGAGGGGGGUGGAGGGGAGCCCCUCUGGACUCUCUCUCGCUCUCUCUCUUUCUAUCUAUCUCUCUCUCUCUUUCUAUCUCUCUCUCUCUCUCUCUCUCUCUCUCUCUCUCUCUCUCUCUCUCUCUCUCUCUCUCUCUCUCUCUCUCUCUUUCCCUCAUUCUAAUCAGGGCCAUCUAAGCUAGCUCAUGUUUUAACCCAUGCACUAAUUAAUGGAUGUCUCUCUUUGUGCUGGGCCAUACUGGGCUGUUCUUAUUAAUAGCUAGAGAUGGAGUUAUUGGAGACCAUAAACCAGCAUCAUCAUCUGUCAGAGGAAAUCCCAAUGAGGGUGUGUGUGUGUGUGUGUGUCUGUGUAUUUUUUAAGUGUAAUUAAUGGGCAAUGGCAGUAAUGAAUGUUAUAAACAGACGUAACAGUACAGCAGUACAGAGGACUGGUAGGGGAAUGUGACUGACUGAUGUGACAUGGGAUAUACUGGGGCUAAUAGUGGCUCAGGGGCUUUUGCCUUGUCUUUUGGUCGUCCAUUUUAGAGUUUAGCUGUUGUGUAGGUAUAUUCCGCCACCCACAUACAGUACAGACAUGAGUCAGUGUGUAAUUGUAAUGUUGUUUAUGUUAAUGAAUGGCCUCUGGGGAGUGUGUUUUCCAUGUGUACAGAGAGAGAACACAACAUGCUGUUACUCGGUUGUGACCAAACCAAACCUCAUAGAAAGCUUUGCAUGCAUAGCUAAUGAACCGCUAGUUUAUAGCUGCUAUACGUGCUCACUGAUAAAAGGAGAAAGGGUGGGACAUAGGAAUCAUGGUCUCGUUCUAUAGAUACCAUUCUUCACAAUGUUAUGUAUUCAAUCAUUAAGCCAUAGAAAUGUAUAACAGUCCUUUUUUGGUAUCAUAACAUUAUGACUUAGUCAGAACACCUUUAGCAACAAUUUAGCAACAGCUAAAAUAUACAUCUUUGUCUUCAAUAAAAACUGUAUGUCAGAAUUAGGAGAUGACUGUAGUUUGCUGUCCAUCCUUAAGCUAAAGGCAGGCGUCUGAGCUGGAGGAGAGGCUCUUCGGGACAUCUGCAGUGGCCACAAGCCAACUCUUUUAGUGGGACAGACAGCACAGGACACUGUAACAUUAUGCCAGAGCACAGGCAGGCCCCCACAACAACCUACCCCAGAACAUAAAUUAGCACAGUCAAGCAAGAAGCUCCCCUCUUCUCAAGGUUGUAUGUAAAUUAAUCCUUUCAUUUUCUCUUUCUCUUUACCUCUUGUAGAAAGAUGUCCAAGAUAUCUUCACGCCCAUCCGUUUUGAGGUGACGUACGCCCUCAGAGAGCACACUGUCCAUAACGGGGGAUCCACUUUUCCUGCUCUAAAACCCAUACUGCAGCAGAGAGGGGAACACGGUAACCUGGUGGCCAAUAAGGUGAGUCUCAUAGGCCCAGUUUUCCAGACACAGAUUAAGGCCUAGAUUCAAUCAGAUCAAGCAUUAACCGGCGAUAGCGGACACAUUUUACAUUUUAGUCAUUUAGCAGACGCUCUUAUCCAGAGCGACUUACAGGAGCAAUUAGGGUUAAGUGCCUUGCUCAAGGGCACAUCGACAGAUGUUUCACCUAGUCGGCUCAGGGAUUAGAACCAGCGACCUUUCGGUUACUGGCACAACGCUCUUAACCACUAAGCUACCUGCGGACACCCGCGUAGCUGAUGUUUUGGCGGUGUCGGAGGUGUAACUGAGUUGGAGCGGUCAAAUCGGUGAGCAGAUGCAGAUCAUUGUCACGAAGCCACACCCAUCUCACUCGCGUUAGAAGUUCAGAAUGAGAAAGUGUAGGCUAUACAGAAAUAAUGACGCUCAAAUUGAAAAUCAUUAAACAAAAUAAAUAAUGAGGAUUUAUAUCAUCCUUAUCGAGGUGUAGAUUAUCUCACAUUCCAGUGUUCCAAUUUGUAAACAAGGCUGCAUGGGAUUUCUCUUAAUGCGAAUCCAUGCAGCCAAUGGAAAAACUAUCAUUUUGAUGUCAUGGAUGGUCAGUCCUUGUAUCCAUAGCUCUGUCUAUGAAUUUGAGAGUGGUUGCAUUUUUCCUAUCUCUCAGCUUUUCAACGAAACGGAGCUGGGGUGAUCGCUUUGUUAUUGUUUCAAUUAAAGGAUUCUAGCUUUAAGAAUCAUGCUCUAUGGAGAAUCUACAUUGAAAGUGCUCUUUUGCCCAGGUACUAGGCUUAAUCUGCGCUACAGUUCUCCACUCAUAUUGAUGCAUGUUAUGGUAGAGGAUUCAUAACUGUACGGAAGGCCCCAUCAUCUUACACUUUGUUUGGACCUUUCUUCUCUACAGACAAUGUUUGCUCGGUACUGUUCAUUGGCCAACUGCUCAACCAAUCUGCAGGUCUCUGCUCAACUGGUGUUACCACAGUAAGUACUGUAGCAUUUCAUCAUGUUCAAUUACAAUAUGUUCAGGUGUUUUCUUUUUCUCACAACCUUUUGUCUUGAAGCUUUGACUUUCUAUUUCUCAUCUCUGCUGUGGACAAAGCUGAGCUCUUGAAACAAACAGUAUUUCUGGAGGGAAAACAACCUUCAUAGGACCUAGAUCAGGUGUUGUCAGUAGAGCCUCCAUUACAACAAUAUGGUCACACUUCCCCUUAAACGCUUAACCGCCAGGCUAUUUUAGCCUGUACCUCCCAGAUAAUAAUACAUGAUCUGAUUAUUCAUGAGGCGUGUGUGUGUGUGUGUGUGUGUGUGUGUGUGUGUGUGUGUGUGUGUGUGUGUGUGUGUGUGUGUGUGUGUGUGUGUGUGUGUGUGUUUGUGUGUGUGUGAGUGCGUGUGCUUGCGUUCUUUCGUGCAGACUUGUGAGCCCCUCAGUGUUGGUGGUGUCAAGGAAACACACACACACCCCACCACCCACUAUAGGCCCUGGUCAAAAGUAAUGCACUAUGUAGGGAAUAUGGUGCCAUUUAGGAUGCUGCCCUAGUCUCAGUGCCAGCUCAGUUCAGUUCCCCUCCCUAAGUUGUGGUUACUAAUUUCCUGCUGUAAAGCCAGGAAACCAGCACGUCCCAGAUGGCACCCUAUUCCCUAUGUAGUGCACUACUUUUGACCAGGGCCCAUAGAGAUAUAGGGAAUAGGGUGCCAUUUGGGACAUGUUGGUUCUCUGUGGUCCUCUGUAGCUCAGCUGGUAGAGCACGGCGCUUGUAACGCCAAGGUAGUGGGUUCGAUCCCUGGGACCACCCAUACACAAAAAUGUAUGCACGCAUGACUGUAAGUCGCUUUGGAUAAAAGCGUCUGCUAAAUGGCAUAUUAUUAUUAUUAUUAUUCUCUCUGUUGUUUCUAAAACUGUCACUGUUUAGUCUGCUGGUCUCCUCUGAAAUCAUGAGGCUGGCACUUUUUGGAAAGUUAUACGACUCAAAUCUAGUGAAGUAUGAAAUAAGGUGUUUUGUUGUAUGACUGAAGUCAAUUGAAGUAAGGCAAUUGCCAGCACAAGAGGGUAUGAUUAAUUAUGGUUUUAGCACAGAUGUGGGCUAGUCACAGGUAUAAGGAGAGAGCCUUUCAGUUUUAUAAUUAAGCAAUAAGGCCAGAGGAGGUAUGGUAUAUGGCCAAUAUACCACGGCUAAGGGCUGUUCUUACACACGACGCAAUGCGGAGUGCCUGGAUACAGCCAUUAGCCGUGGUAUAUUGGCCAUAUACCACAAUCCCCCAAGGUGCCUUAUUGCUAUUGUAAACUGGUUACCAACGUAAUUAGAACCAUACAAAUGUAUUUUCUACGGUCUGAUAUACCACAGCUUUCAGCCGAUCAGCAUUCAGGGCUCAAACCACCCAGUUUAUAAUAAGACUGUUGUUAUUGCAGGAGACACAACAACAUGCCGUACUUUGCACUUGGCAAUGGGAAGACCAUCAUGUUGAACACAGCCCUGGUGAACACUGGAGAUGAUGCAUUCCUCCCCAGACUCCAGCUCCGAUUCCCCAGUAACCUGCACUACAUCAAAGUGCUUGACACAGUAAGUGUUUGAUUGAUGUAUUUAUUUAUGUGAUGAUUACCCAAAGUUAUUCAAGUUCUCAUAUGAUCACCAAUGUAAUUUAGACGUUGUUGCACUGACAGUUCAAGAAAAACACACACAAUGCUGUGAAAAAGCAGAAGAAUCUGUGCCCUCUUGGAUUGCAAUAAGUAACUCACACAAGCCCAUGAUCUAUCUGUUAUUGUUUUCAGGAGGAGAAGUUUGUGAGCUGUGACAUUUCAGAGGAGAACAAGACAAUAGUAGGAGUGGAUUGCAGUGUGGGAAACCUGUACCUCAGCUCUGGGGCCAAGGUGGGUUUCACACUCAAUCGUACUCCAACCUUACUCCAAUGUUACUCUUACAUUACUCUAACACUACUCCAGUGUUAUACUCCAACCUUACUCCACUGUUACUCCAUUAAACUGGAUCUGAGUAUUCUCACUGCUUGUUGGAAACACCAUCAGCUGAUGACUAAUUUGAACUAAUUACUCAGACCAAUUUAUUUAGUUAGGUGCCAAUGUUCCUGCUGUUUUCAAGGUGGUGUCUUAUUUUCCACAGCUUCUGCUGUUGUCUUGCUUGGUAGCUAAUGAGACUUUCCGUCUUUUCUGCAGGUCAAUAUCAGUUUUCUGUUGGAUGUGAACCAGAGUAGUAGUGUUGGUGACGUUAGCAUCGUCAUCAACGCUAGUGGGUAAGUACAGACCCACCUUUGUUGAAUGAUCCUGCAGUGUUAUUGAGCGCAAUGUUUCGACCCAAAGGUCUUUGUCAGUAUCUUUCUUUCAUGACUUUUGCAAGUAACUGGAUGUGCUUACACUACUUCUGACCUAAGAGCAGAUCUCCUAAUCCCCGAACACAUUCUCUCUCCGAAAUACAUGAAAUAAUCAAAUCACAGGAGGCCGGUGGCACCUUAAUUGGGGAGGACAGGCUCCUAGAAAUGUCUGGAACUGAAUUAAAUAGAAUGGUAUUGAACUCAUCAAACACAUGGUUUCCAUGGUUUCCAUGUGUUUGAUACCAUUCCAUUUACUCCAUUCCAGCCAUUAUUAUGAGCUGUCCUCCCCUCAGCAGCCUCCUGUGAAUCUAAUGGCAUGUUUUUGAAACUGACGUCUUGUUACAAUGUCGGUGACGUCUUGCUACUGGCCAGCCUUAUUAAACCAAACAGGCAAACAGAGAAUUGUAAAACAGCCCAGUGAGACACAGUGAGAUAUGAUGUAGUUAGUUUAUGUGUUUGUUCUGUUGUUAGGGGAACAGGAAACACAAAGUCUGAGUUAGCUGAACCCUUCAAGUCAGAGGGUGCUGCAGGUUCCCUCUUUUGGGUUCUGUCCCGUAGUUGUUAGAUUGUGUGGUUAAGAAAUACUUCUGGCAUUCUGUGUUUUGUCAUUUGGGUAAAUAAUGGCUUUGGAAUGUUUGGCCGUUCCAGAACACUCUAGAACAGGGGUGUCAAACUCAUUUUAGCUCAGGGGCCACAUGGAGGAAAAUCUAUUCCCAAGUGGGCCGGACCGGAAAAAUCAUGGUAUAUAUAACUUAAAAACAACAACUUCAGAUUGUUUUCUUUGUUUUAAUACGAUCAACAUACAACAUAAAGCUGGAGCCUGAGGACAGUGUGUCCAAAAUAGUACAAGCACAACAUCACUAUUAAUCAUAAAACACGUCAAGUUUAUUUGAAAAUUCUAAAGAAAAAGAACACACAAACACACACUGCCUCAGUGAUUAACAGAACUGUUUCACAGAUCACAGAACUAUAUCAGGGUGUCAUUUCUCAGGCAGAAAUGUAGAUACAAAUAAUGAAAUCCUGUUCCCCAAACAAGUGCAAGAACCACAGAGUCAAGAAUAGGUUAAAUAUACAAAUAAAAUAAAAUCAAUUAAAAACAAUAGCACAUCAACAUAAAAACAUAUAAACAUAAAGCUGGAGCCUGAGGACAGUGUCCAAAAGCACAACAUGACUAUUAAUCAUAAAACACCUCAAGUUAUUUGAAAGUUCUGAGGACAAAGAACACACAAACACACAAUGCCUCAGUGAUUCACAGAAGUAUAUCACAGAUCACGGAACUAUAUCAGGGUGUCAUUUCUCAGGCAGAAAUGUAGAUACAAAUAAUGUAAUCCUGUUCCCCAAACAAGUGCAAGAACCACAGAGUCAAGAAUAGGUUAAAUAUACAAAUAAUAAAAAUCAAUUAAAAACAAUAGCACAUCAACAUAAAAACAUAUAAACAUAAAUCUGAAAGCGUUGCUCAAACUCCCGUAACAGUCCCGUUAUUUUAUCUUUGAACGGCUUCAUGUCUGCCACAUGUUGGGUCGCGCACACAUUUUUCAGACAGGGGAAGUGAGCUGCAUCACCACCGGCAAGUUGCGUCUCCCACAAUGACAGCUUCAACUUAAAAGAACGUAUGCUGUCAUAAUACUGCGUGACAACUUUGUUGCGCCCUUGCAGCUGUUUGUUCAAGUUAUUCAGGUGCUCUGUAACAUCCACCAUAAAUGCAAGGUCCUGCAUCCAUUCUGCGGAAUGAAAUUCUAACACUGGUUUGCCCUUUUCUUCCAUGAACUGUUCAAUUUCUUCUCGUAAAUCAAAGAAACGCCUCAGCACAGCACCUCGGCUUAACCAUCUUACCUCAGUGUGGUAUGGCAGGCCAUAGAUGUGGUCUUUCUCUCUGAGAAGGCUGUCAAACUGACGGUGAUUCAGGCUUCUGGAUCGGAUGAAAUUAACAGUUUGGAUGACCACCUUCAUGACGUUAUCCAUCUUUAAUGACUUGCAACACAAAGCCUCCUGGUGCAAAAUACAGUGAAAAGUCAAAAAAUCACGUCCUCCAUUUGCAGAUUGCACUUUCUCUCUGAACUUUGUCACAACGCCUGCUUUUUUCCCGAUCAUUGAGGGCGCACCAUCUGUAGCCAGGCUGACAGCGUGGGACCAGUCCACUCCGACCCUGUCCAGCGCGCCGACGAGUGCGGUAAAAAUAUCAGCUGCUGUCGUUGUAUCUGUCAUCGGCACCAACUCCACGAACUCCUCGGUGACGGUCAAUGUGUCAUCAACUCCGCGGAUGAAAAUGGCCAGUUGUGCAACAUCUGUAAUGUCCGUGCUUUCAUCAAUUGCAACCGAAAACGCAAUAAAUGACUUUACUUUUUGCUUCAACUGGCUGUCCAAAUCCACUGAAAGAUCGGAAAUCCUGUCUGCAACUGUGUUUCUUGUCAGGCUGAUAUUUGCAAAAGCCUGCCGCUUUUCAGGGCACACAAUCUCCGCUGCCUUCAUCAUGCAUGUUUUUACAAAUUCACCCUCACUAAAUGGUUUUGAAGCCACUGCGAUUUCAUUAGCAAUGAGGUAGCUAGCUUUCACUGCAGCGUCACUGAUGUCUCGGCUGUGAGUAAACACAGACUGCUGUUUCUUCAGACCCGCCAACAGUUCAUUCACCUUCUCUCAUCUCCGCUGUCCUUGAAAGUUGUCAUAUUUGUCGGCAUAAAGACUCACAUAGUGGCGACGAAGGUUAUAUUCUUUCAGCACUGCAACAUGCUCUGAACACACCAAACAUACAGCUUUCCCAUUCAAUUCCGUGAAUAAAUAGAAGGAUGACAAUUUUUCUUGGAACACUCUGCACUCUGCGUCCACUUUUCUCUUUUUUGACAGAGACAUAUUGGGGCAAUGAGGGUGCCAAAGCACAUAAUGUUAAAAGUAGAAGCCGUAAUAAAUAUCGCGGGCAAAACAAAGUAGCUCAUUGGCUGCACGUGCUUGACCUACUUGCUCUGCCCCGGUAUAAACAGUUUGCUUGCUUAACACAAUUGCUAUUGCGCCAUCCAGUGGACGCAAUUGGAACAGCAGUUUAUUUUAUUGAAAAAUUGCAGCGCAUUUUUAUACUUGACAAAAUUAUUAUUAAUGUUUUUUUUUUUUUUUUUUUUUUUGUAUCAUCUCGCGGGCCGGAUUAAACCCGUUUGCGGGCCUGAUCCGGCCCGUGGGCCGGACGUUUGACACCCCUGCUCUAGAACAUUCCAUGUUUGAACUUAACUGGAGUUUUGUUCAAAGACGAUAAAUAUGAAGUUACUAAGACCUGACUUCCUUCAAACAUAUUUUGAACAGCAUUUGAAUUGGAUCAAAGGUAGUUAAUGUUAUAAACUCCUCUUUAAGGGCCCAAUUCAAUCAGAUUCACAUAGGUGAUGUUUUGACUUGUCGGAGGUGAAACUGCAUUAGAGCUGUCAAAUCCACAAGCACCUCCCAGCAUUAUACCUAAAGCGGACAUUGCCCUUGGCUGCACGGAGUCACAUUAAGAGAAAUCCCAUGCAGCCUUGUUUGCAAGUUCGAACACUGGAAUGUGAGAUGUAAUCUACAUUAUUUUGCUUUGAGUCCUUUACCAGUAUAAUGGCAUGAGCUAUGUUAUUAGGCCUGCAUCACUAUACAAUGUAAUCAAAAUAGAUAAUUUAUUAUUUUAUCUUACAUUGUGUCUUUUCCAGGGACAAUUAUGAAAACGAGGAUCUUCUGCACGACAACUCUGCCACUUUGAUGUUACCACUGAGAUAUGGAGUAGAUGUCAACAUCCAUGGGUAAGACAUUGAUUUACAGCAGGGGUAGGCAACUAGAUUCAGCCGCGGGCUGAUUUUUGUUGGGGUGGUUUGUACACCUGACCACAACUAAGCCCAAAAAGAGAUUGUAUUUGAAAAUAACAAUCAUUUCAUUACUUCAUUGCAUUGAUACACGAUCAAAUAUCUUUUUUAAAUUCAUGGGAAUACUUAGGAACAGAUUUCCUAAAUUAUUUAUUUUUUUGCUGAAUUCCUGGGGAUUUUACAGUCUUUUUGACCAAAAACUAUUUUUACUAAAAACUUUGGGGGACCAAAACAGACCACCCGAGGGACGGUUUUGGCUCGCGGGCCGCCUGUUGUCGACCCCUGAUUUUACAGUAACAAAGACAGUUCCUUGCUCUUCAUUGGCAGUAUAUAAAAACACAUAUUAUUGUAAUUCAUAAGAUAAUCACUGCUCUCCUUUGCAGGUUUAUGACUCCAACAUCCUUUGUAUUUGGUGACCAGGAGCCUAUUCCAGUUGAUUGCUACACAGAGGCAUUCAAUUACACUUACAAGGUAUGUACAGUACACACUUAUGAGAGACUGAUAGACUCACUAGAGCUUAGUUGGAGAUUUUGAAUGAAUUAAUGAGUUUAUACUGACCUAAUACCUGUGUACUUUCCUCCACUUGACAGGUUGUCAAUAUUGGUCCAAGCAAAUCUCUCAACACGAUAGUGGAGAUUGAUAUUCCCAAGAUCCUAUCGCCAUAUCCAUACAGAUUACUCCACAUCACAGACUUCCAGGUAUGUUUGGGAAUAUUCAUAACUUGUCACAUGGAUGUCUAUUUAUAAACGUUUAACUAGAUUAUAGUUAUAUUAUUAUAUUUUUCUGUUAUUCAACUUUUCUAUUCUACUUAAUACAGUAUGAGCAUGUUUGCAUUGUGAUAUAAGCAUACAUUAAUUAAUGUUUAACUUUAUUUUCCAUCUGUCAGACGUCUCUUGGAGAAUGCUCCAUUAAAAACGGCUCCAUUGCAGUGGAGGAUGACUGUGAGGUGCCACAGUCCUCUUUCAUCAAAGAACUGGUCUUCUUCUUCUCCAAAACCAGCAAACGCAAAAUGGUAAAUACCACCCCCUACAUACUCCUCCCAUCUGAUAUAUAGUUAUCUAUACCACUCAUUUUGUUGAGGAAGUGGCAUUCCAAUUGAGUGUCCUUUGUCCUUAUUUCAGCAUUACCAUUGAAUUGCUGAUUGUUGUAUGUUUGUAUAUUUCCUGUCCUUUUUUAUUGUGAGAGCUUAGAUGAGGAAGAUUUCCAAUGUAUCCAUUACACAUAAAAUAAAAUAUAACCUUGAAUUUGAACCUUUCUCUCCAGUUCUGUGCCCAUGGUGACGGCCUGUGCCUGACUCUCGAGUGUAGACUAGGAGACAUGGAUAUCGGGAAAGAAGCCUCCAUUCACAUGGAAGUGAAGCUGAACCCUACCGUUCUACAGCUCUCACCUGUAAACACUUCACUUCUGCUACACGUACACUUGUAAAUCUCAUAAAUGUACCUGUGUGUGUACGGGAUGGUCUGAGUGUCCCCCCCCCCCCCCCCCCCCCCCCUUUCUUGUCAUUCUAUUUCUAUUGUCUACUCAAGUUGAUUUCCCUCCCCUCUCUUCUCAGGGUCGUCAUGGAGUGAUGCUGAUGGAGAGUACUGGCAUCAUCACAUCACCAAGGGAGGACCCUCAAACCAUCCUCCUACAGCAGAUCCCUAUCGCUCAGGUAAGUAAAAGUGAAUCUUAUACAGUAGUCUUAUGGAGAAUACACUCAUUACGAUUUAUAUACUAUGUCCCUUUUCCACAAUUGAGGUCACUCAAGUCCAUGUCCUGGUAGAGUGAGGAGGUGUCAGGAAAGCUCUGUAACCUCCAGUACCUCUGUUGAGUUUCAAACUGUAUAAACUCUGGUAUCCAUAGGACAGUGCCGGUAAUGACAGCCCUAUGUAAAAUACCUGCUAUGCUGUGUCAGGUCAUAGAGAUAUUAUAUCAGUUCUAUAAUAUAGUUUUAUUUAAUUCUGUGUCUCAGGUUGUGUUGGAGGCCCACUUCAGCCAGAAGCCUCAGGCAGCAGUGGAGGUGUUUAUCAUUGUAGUGAGUCUACUGGUGGGACUCCUGAUCCUGACCCUGCUCAUCUUCGCCCUCUGGGAGGUCAGUACUACUCCCUUAUAUCAUACACAAGACAGGAUGCAAACACACUACAAAGUGAAUCUGAGAGGUGAUUCGAAGGAGUCAGGCGCAGAAGGGUAAAUCACAGAAUACAGAGUUUAUUCCGUAGUACCAAGUUACGCUGGAUAGCGUCAAACAAUCCAGUGCACAAAACAGGCGCACUGGAACAAAACAGGCACACGGUGAAAAUAUCCCCGGCAAUACAAAAUACACAGAGCUCAACCAAGCUACUCUCUCCUCACAUUCAACAAUCACCUACAAGGACAAGGGGGGCAGAGGGAACACUUAUACUAAUGAGGGGAUACAAACCAGGUGUGUGUAAUAGACAAGACAAAACAAAUGGAAUGAUGAGAUAUGGAGUGGCAGUGGCUAGAAGGCCAGUGACGACGAACGCCGAAGCCUGCCCGAACAAGGAGAGGAGGCAGCUUCGGAGGAAGUCAUGACAUGGAAACCAAUCACAGUCUUCUUCUCCUCCUUCUUCCUUUUCUUCAAAUACAUAAUUUGAAGUACUAGAUUUAUAGAUGGUAGCUGUAUAUCAAUGUAAAUACUGUAAUCUGAAACUGAACCCUGUUCUCCUUCCUUCUCAGGCUGGUUUCUUCAAAAGGCAGUUCAAGAAGGAGGAUGAGAUCAGUAAGGAUAGCUGGGACUAUGUACCCAAAAAUUUGACUAAGACUGAGAGUAGAUCCUAAGAGUGAGACCAAGACUGAGAGUGACUGUGUCCUAAUACAGAAUGGUGCUAUACUACAACAUGGACUAACUGCUGUGGAACAGCAUUUUACUAAGAGGCACAUUUUGACUGAAAUCAUCCAAACCCAAGGGAAAGAACUGAUGGACCAUUGAAAUUGUGGUGGCUCUUGACAAGGAAAGAAAGAACGUAAUUUCCCUAAAACAUGAGGAAAAGGCUGACCAUGUGUAAGUUUAAAAUGUGUUGUCAGCGGGACAAAUAUAUUACACUUUACCUCUGGGCUUGGUGGAGUGAGACUAUAAAACAUUGGAGUGUUUACAUGGAAUGUACGUUAGAACAUGUUAUGUACAUUAGAACACAGAAUGUGUACAUUAGAACAUGGAAUGUGUACAUUAGAACAUGGAAUGUGUACAUUAGAACCUGUUUUCAUUUCCUACCAAGAUCUCAGGACAUGAAGACGGAACAUUCCAUGGUCUUGUUCAAUAGGCACAAACCGAAACAAGGAGGUACUAUCUGUACCUGUCCAUUAAUUGAGGCCCGCUCAUUUUCCGUUGCAAAACAUUUU